CCAAUGUGGCCGGAGCAGGCAGGUGAGGGCAGACAGAGGAGGACGACCUGAGGGCCCGUGCUCAAGCUCAGUGCUCCUGAUCAGGAAAGGUGAUCAGACCUGCCGGGGACCUGUCGGAGGUGGAUUCUGACUCCUGGCUCUGCAGUGGGGCCGGCUCCCAGAUGAGUAACCCGAAGCCCCGAGAGGAGACGUCACCUGCCCCAGGGCACUUUAGCACAGCCAGCAUCUGACCAGGCCUGCGGGCAAGAACCCAAGUCCGUGCCCUCGCGGUGCUGGGAGCCUCGGCGCCAUGUUUGGGAAGAAGAAGAAGCGGGUGGAAAUUUCAGCACCGUCCAACUUCGAGCACCGCGUGCACACGGGCUUUGACCAGCACGAGCAGAAGUUCACGGGGCUGCCCCGCCAGUGGCAGAGCCUCAUCGAGGAGUCGGCUCGCCGGCCCAAGCCCCUCGUGGACCCGGCCUGCAUCACCUCCAUCCAGCCGGGCGCCCCCAAGACCAUCGUGCGGGGCAGCAAAGGCGCCAAGGAUGGGGCCCUCACGCUGCUGCUCGGCGAGUUUGAGAACAUGUCGGUGACGCGCUCCAACUCCCUGCGGAGAGACAGCCCACCGCCGCCCGCCCGUACCCGCCAGGAAAAUGGGAUAUCCGCGGAGCAGGCCGCCGUGGUCAGAGGGGGCCCAGAGAAGGCCGGCAGCCACAACCGCGCACCUGGCCGCAGCGAGGGGGGUGGUGGCAGUGGUGACAGGCGGCGAAUCGGGCCAGAGAAGAGGCCCAAGUCCUCCAGAGAGGGUGCAGGAGGGCCCCACGAGUCCUCCCGGGACAAACGCCCAGUCUCGGGGCCUGAUGUCAGCACCCCUCAGCCCGCUGGUCUGGCCAGUGGGGCCAAAGUGGUGGCUGGCCGGCCCUUUAACACGUACCCUCGGGCUGAUACGGACCACCCGUCCCGGGGCCUGCAGGGGGAGCCUCACAAAGUGACCCCCAAUGGGCCAUCAGCAGGGAGCCUGGCUGUCCCCCAGUCUUCCUCCUCCAGGCCGCCCACCCGAGCCCAUGGCCCUCCCAGCCCUGGAGUGCUGGGUCCCCACGCCUCUGAACCCCAGUUGGCCCCUCCAGCUCGUAUCCUCCCCGCCCCCACCGGCCCCCCUGCUGCUGGCCCUCCUGGCCCCCGCUCACCACAGCGGGAACCCCAGCGAGUAUCCCACGAGCAGUUCCGGGCAGCCCUGCAGCUGGUGGUGGACCCCGGCGACCCCCGCUCCUACCUGGACAAUUUCAUCAAGAUCGGGGAGGGCUCCACUGGCAUCGUGUGCAUCGCCACUGUGCGCAGCUCGGGCAGGCUGGUGGCCGUCAAGAAGAUGGACCUGCGGAAGCAGCAGCGGCGCGAGCUGCUCUUCAACGAGGUGGUGAUCAUGCGGGACUACCAGCACGAGAACGUGGUGGAGAUGUACAACAGCUACCUGGUGGGCGACGAGCUCUGGGUGGUGAUGGAGUUCCUGGAGGGGGGCGCCCUCACUGACAUCGUCACCCACACCAGGAUGAACGAGGAGCAGAUCGCCGCUGUGUGCCUGGCGGUGCUGCAGGCCCUGUCUGUGCUGCAUGCCCAGGGCGUCAUACACCGGGACAUCAAGAGCGACUCCAUCCUGCUGACCCACGACGGCAGGGUGAAGCUGUCGGACUUCGGGUUCUGCGCCCAGGUGAGCAAGGAGGUGCCCCGGAGGAAGUCACUGGUUGGCACGCCUUACUGGAUGGCCCCAGAGCUCAUCUCCCGCCUCCCAUAUGGGCCAGAGGUGGACAUCUGGUCUCUGGGAGUGAUGGUGAUCGAGAUGGUGGAUGGGGAGCCCCCCUACUUCAAUGAGCCCCCUCUCAAAGCCAUGAAGAUGAUUCGGGACAACCUGCCACCCCGACUGAAGAACCUGCACAAGGUGUCGCCGUCGCUGAAGGGCUUCCUGGACCGCCUGCUGGUGCGGGACCCAGCGCAGCGGGCCACGGCAGCCGAGCUGCUAAAGCACCCGUUCCUGGCCAAAGCGGGCCCGCCCGCCAGCAUCGUGCCCCUCAUGCGCCAGAACCGCACCAGAUGAGGCCCAGCGCCCGUCCCCGAACCAAAGAACCCCUGGGGUCGCCCCUGCCUGACGGGCCAGUAGGAGGCCAGCCCGCCCCCUCCACACUCCGUGUGGCACCACCCUCCCCCUGGGGGCCUGCGGGCCCAACUACUGAACUCCAGGCUUGACCUUGUGACCAAAAACACAAGGACCCAUGGGAGCAAGUGAGGGUCCCGGGACCCCCACCCUCUGGAGAGGCCAGCCCCUGUGUUUCCCUGUCUCCAGAAACAACAGGCGGCCCUCCCAUCACUGGAAAUCCGCAUGGGGCCCCCGGGGCCAAGAGACACUGCGAGAGGUUGCGUGAGUGUAC